GAAGCUGUGCCUCAGCUGAUCCUUGUCAAUAAUACAUUGGAGGAGCACUUAAGAAUAAUUGCGAAUUUCUUUCAUUUACCAGUGGGAUCUUGGAUGCAUUUUCAGUUCUGAAGAAAGCGCAACACCUACCCGUUCAAGAUGAACGUAACUCUCGCUGUCAAACAAUAUAUCUCAAAAAUGAUUGAGAGCAGCGGGCCAGGCAUGAAGGUUUUGCUGAUGGAUAAAGAGACGACAAGCAUCGUCAGUGUCGUCUACACACAGUCAGAAAUCUUGCAAAAGGAGGUCUACCUUUUUGAACGAAUCGAUUCACAGAACAGAGACAGCAUGAAACAUCUCAAGGCUAUUUGCUUUCUUCGACCAACAAAGGAGAAUGUGGAACAUCUCAUUCAAGAGUUGAGGAGGCCAAAAUAUAGUGUCUACUUUAUCUACUUCAGUAAUGUCAUCAGCAAGAGUGAGGUGAAGGCCCUGGCGGAGGCUGAUGAGCAGGAGGUGGUGGCAGAGAUGCAGGAGUUUUAUGGUGACUUCAUCGCUGUGAAUCCCCACGUCUUCUCUCUAAACCUGAGUGGAGUAGCCAGAGGUCGUAGCUGGGAGCCCAGUAUGCUGGCUCGCACCACCCAGGGCCUGACCUCAGUGCUACUGGCCCUGAAGAAGUGCCCCAUGAUCCGCUACCAGCUGUCCUCAGACAUGGCCAAGAGGCUCGCUGAGUCCGUCAAGCAAAUCAUUACGAAGGAGUAUGAGCUGUUUGACUUCAGGAAGACAGAAGUGCCUCCUCUGCUCCUCAUUCUAGACCGGAGCGAUGACGCCAUCACCCCUCUUCUCAACCAGUGGACAUAUCAGGCAAUGGUGCAUGAGCUUCUGGGUUUGAACAACAACCGAAUAGACCUCUCCAGAGUCCCAGGCAUCAGCAAGGAGCUGAAAGAGGUGGUGCUGUCUGCAGAAAAUGAUGAAUUCUAUGCCAAUAAUUUGUACUUGAACUUCGGUGAGAUUGGAACCAAUAUCAAGAACUUGAUGGAGGACUUCCAGAAGAAGAAGCCCAAAGACCAGCAGAAGCUGGAGUCCAUCUCAGACAUGAAGGCGUUUGUGGAGAACUACCCCCAGUUUAAGAAGAUGUCUGGCACGGUGUCUAAGCAUGUUACGGUGGUGGGGGAGCUGUCUCGGCUGGUGAGCGAGCGGUGCCUCAUGGAGGUCUCAGAGGCCGAGCAGGAGCUGGCCUGCCAGAACGACCACGGCAACGCUCAACAGAUGGUGCGUCGGCUCCUGCAGCAUCCUCGGGUAGCAGAGCUGGAUGCGGUUCGGCUGGUGAUGCUGUACGCACUGCGUUAUGAGAAGCAUAGCAACAGUGUCCUGCCCUCCCUCUUGGAUGACCUGCAGCGCAAGGGGGUGUCAGAGAAAUACCGCAAGAUGGUGCACUCCAUGGUGGAGUAUGGAGGCAAGCGUGUCAGAGGAAGUGACCUCAUCACCCCUACAGAUGCCCUGGCCGUCACCAAGCAGUUCUUCAAAGGCCUCAAGGGGGUUGAGAAUGUGUAUACUCAGCACCAGCCGCUGCUUCAUGACACUCUGGACCAGCUGAUCAAAGGGCGUCUCAAGGACAGCCAGUUCCCUUACCUGGGACCCAGCUCUCUCAGAGACAGGCCUCAGGACAUCAUGGUAUUCAUCAUCGGCGGGGCCACGUAUGAGGAGGCUCUGACCGUCUACAACCUCAACCGCACCAUGCCCGGCGUACGCAUCGUACUGGGCGGAACCACCAUGCACAACACCACCAGCUUCCUGGACGAAGUGAGAUCAGCGAGUGGUGGCCAGGGGGGACAGUCACAAGGAAUGGGACGUCACCCAAACCGACGUUGACAUGGACACGCACACGCACACGCACACGCACACGCACGCACA